GUUGCCGAACGUGAAGUUUGGGUUCUUCUAGAUUUCGAGCGUGCUCUAAUUUGUCCUGAAGGCGGUCUGGUGAUUGGGGCAAGAUUGGACAGCACAUCAACCAAUGCCUGUCGUCUGGCUUUCCAUGGUCGUAUUGUAUUGCGCAUGUCGGAUGAGAAGUACAGGCAGACAACAUUACCGCAACUCUAUGUUUUUCGUCCCAAGCGUCGUCAGGGCCAAAUUGAACGCAUACAGGAUGCGCGGACAUGUAUCGUGCGCGGCCUAUUCAAGCGCGAGACCAAUUGGGACAUAUUUGUCGGCCUUCGUGCAUAUCUCUUGAUUGGGCCGAAGGAGUCUAAUGGGACUGGAGAUGAAGGACAGCAGCAAAGAAUUUACGAUGGUCGGAUUGAAUCCAGUUUUGGGCAAAGUGGCAAGUGCCGUCUAGUCCUUAACGAUGAUCUUCCCGAUGAGAUUGUUCAGCAGUUUUCUCGGAAAACCUCAAAGAAGAACAGCGAUUCAGCCAGUGUCGCAUCCGGUCAGGAUCGAUUCAAAAUUGACGUGAUUUUGGAAUUCAAGCGGCACGUGUUUGAUGGAAAACGGCGAAUCUUACAAUGA